CAAACUCCCCUUGAACCACAACUUAAAACCACAUAAGGACCCAAUUAACUGCAAUGAACUAGUCAUUGGCUCCAGUAGUUCACAAAUUAAUCUCAACAAUGGCAAGAGUUCUUCCAAUUCUUGCAACUCAAUCGAUCAUUCUCUGCCUCGCCAUCGUUUCAUCCACAGCAGAGAAUCCCAAUCAUGAAUUUGCGAGAACGGUGAACAAGAAACAAAUGGGUCUCAAGAGAGAAAAGCUUAGCCACUUUCGCAUAUACUGGCACGACAUCCUCGCAGGCCCAAACCCAAGUGGAGUCCAAGUCGUUCCACCACAAAACGCAUCACUCACAGCCUUCGGAUUAGUGAGAAUGAUUGAUAACCCACUCACAGCAGGCCCUGAUUUGAGCACCAAAUUUGUUGGUAGGGCACAGGGGUUUUACGCAUCCGCGUCGCAGCAGGAACUUGGGUUGCUGAUGGCCAUGAAUUUUGCUUUCACGGAAGGAAAAUACAAUGGGAGCACCAUAACAGUGCUUGGGAGGAACGCGGUUUUCACGAAGGUUCGAGAGAUGCCGGUGAUCGGAGGCAGUGGACUUUUCCGAUUCGCUAGAGGUUAUGUUGAAGCCACUACGGCUAAGUUAGAUCUCAAGACAGGAGAUGCUACGGUGGAGUAUAAUUGCUACGUUUUGCAUUACUGAUGACGCUUUUUGGUUAAGUGGGUCGUAGUGAAUAAUUAAUUGUGUGUUAGUUCCAAAUCAAUCACUCUGUCUCUUUAAUUAACUUUUGCUUUCUAGUCAAGGCCCAGCUUGGCAGCUGGUUCGGAGGAGCAGGGUUCGUGUUGAACCCUCUUUUCAAGGCAAUAAAAAUAUUAAAUACAUGUGUCGUUUAGUAGGUUUCGCGAAUUCUGAACCACGCAAAAGGGUUCACACU